GCGCAGCGCACGCGGGUUAAGUUGUCUUCCCUGCGCGGUGCCUUGUGGGAAAGAGGCAGAGCUCGGUGGAGGUUGUUUAUCACCUUAGUCGGAGUCGUUUAUAACUGAAGCGACAAUGCCGGAGCGAGACAGUGAGCCAUUCUCUAACCCUUUGGCCCCAGAUGGCCAUGAAGUGGAUGAUUCUCAUUCUUUUAAUCAGUCUAAAUUGACCAAUGAAGACUUUCGUAAGCUUCUUAUGACUCCACGGGCAACACCAACAUCUGCACCACCUUCAAAAUCUCGUCAUCAUGAAAUGCCCAAAGAGUACAAUGAAGAUGAAGAUCCAGCUGCACGCAGGAGAAAGAAAAAAAGCUAUUAUGCAAAACUACGCCAGCAAGAGAUUGAGCGAGAGAGGGAAUUGGCUGAGAAAUACAGAGACCGUGCCAAGGAAAGACGUGAUGGUGUGAACAAAGAUUAUGAAGAAACAGAACUAAUCAGUACAACUGCCAAUUACAGGGCAGUAGGACCCACUGCAGAAGCGGAUAAAUCAGCGGCAGAAAAGAGGCGGCAAUUGAUUCAAGAGUCCAAAUUCUUGGGUGGUGACAUGGAACACACUCACUUGGUGAAGGGUCUUGAUUUUGCUUUGUUGCAAAAGGUACGGGCAGAGAUUGCCAGCAAAGAAAAAGAGGAAGAAGAAUUAAUGGAAAAGCCUCAAAAAGAAACUAAGAAGGAUGAAGAUCCAGAAAAUAAAAUUGAAUUCAAGACUCGCUUGGGCCGUAACAUCUAUCGGAUGCUAUUCAGGAACAAGGCAUAUGAGCGGAAUGAGCUCUUCCUGCCAGGGCGAAUGGCUUAUGUGGUGGAUCUUGAUGAUGAGUAUGCUGACACAGAUAUUCCCACAACUUUGAUUAGAAGUAAGGCUGAUUGUCCAACCAUGGAGGCCCAGACCACAUUGACUACAAAUGACAUUGUAAUUAGUAAACUGACGCAGAUUCUUUCCUAUCUGAGGCAAGGCACUCGAAAUAAAAAGCUCAAGAAAAAGGAUAAAGGGAAACUGGAUGAGAAGAAACCCCCAGAGGCAGACAUGAGUAUUUUUGAAGAUAUUGGUGAUUACGUACCGUCGGCAGCAAAAGUGCCACGAGAAAAGGAACGAGAGAGAUACAGGGAACGGGACCGAGAACGGGAGAGAGAGAGAGACAGGGAACAUGAGCGAGAUCGUGAACGGGAGAGAGAAAGGGAACGUGAAGAGGAGAAGAAGAGGCACAGCUACUUUGAGAAACCUAAAGCUGAUGAUGAGCCUAAUGAUAUAGACAAAGGACCUGGCUCAGCCAAAGAGUUGAUAAAAUCAAUCAAUGAAAAGUUUGCUGGUGCUACUGGCUGGGAAGGGGCAGAACCAUUAAAAAAAACUGAAGAUAAAAAGCAACUGGGUGAUUUCUUUGGAAUGCUAAACAGCUAUGCUGAAUGCUACCCUGCAACAAUGGAUGCCAUGGCUGUGGAUAGUGAUGAAGAAGUAGAUUAUAGUAAAAUGGAUCAGGGAAACAAAAAAGGACCUCUGGGUCGCUGGGACUUCGACACACAAGAAGAAUAUAGCGAGUACAUGAAUAACAAAGAGGCUUUACCCAAAGCAGCAUUCCAGUAUGGAAUCAAGAUGUCUGAAGGCCGUAAGACACGGCGUUUCAAAGAGACCAAUGACAAAGCUGAACUAGAUCGGCAAUGGAAAAAGAUUAGUGCAAUCAUUGAAAAAAGAAAGAAGAUGGAGGCUGAUGGGGUUGAGGUGAAGAGACCAAAAUACUGAAGCUGUCAGGUUCCAUCAGUUGAUUCCUUCAGCUGUAUUCUGAAAGUUCAGCUCCAGUGGAGAUUUGAUUCUGAUGGAAUAGUCACCGGAACAAGCCCACCUUGCUUCCUGCUUACAUGUGAAUAUGAAGGGCAGAUGAAUGAAACUGAUUGCAAUGAAACUUUUGAUGCUUUUUUCCUUGUAGACAAGGAAUGUUCCCCAGGGCCUUGCACUUUGGAUUUGUACUGCAAUAAAAAAAUUGUUAUAAUGUUUA